AUCGGUGUGAAUUAUAUUAUUACUCGCACUAAUGUGAUAAAAACUAAACGAACGCGAGUGGUCGUAAUAAUCGCGCAAAUGUACGGUGAUAUAUAGGGUCUCCAAGCUGGGAUCCCUUUGGGCGAAAUCGGAGACCAAAACAAAAAUGCCAUUGCCUGCAGAAGUUAAGUGGUAAACAUGACACAAUAAAUUAGUGACAAACCAAGCAACGACGAUCGAAACGGGUCUAAUUUUUAUACAAACCUCAACACCCCGAAAAAUCCCAAUUAAGGAACCCCACGAUCCACACCCGCUAAAAUGGCCAGCGUCUGGAAGCGAUUGCAGCGCAAUUUCAAGCGCGCCGCCAAAUUCCAGUUCACUGCAUCGUACCACGAUCUGCAUCUGGAAACGACCGCCAAGUGGCGACCGUCGAACCUCUCUAUCGUUUGGACCAGGAGAUCUAGGCGAGUGGCCAGUGCUCCGCUGCCAUGGGAGCCGGACAUGAUGAAUCCCCUGGUGGGCAAUAUAUCCUGGCCAGUGCCCGACAAUCACACCAUAUCGGUCACCCUGUUCAAGGAUCCCAGGACGCACGAACUGGAGGACAAGGACUGGACGUUUGUCAUCGAAGAUGUCACCCCGAUGGGCAAGAAACGCGUCCUGGCCAAUGCCAGCAUCAAUAUGAGGAAGUAUGCCAGCGUAGAAUCCACUCAGCAGAGCUUUACAUUGACCCUAAAGCCAGUCUCGAAGAAGAUUACGGCAGCCAGUCUGGAACUCACGAUUAGCUGUGUGUUCUUGAGGGAAGGAAAGGCCACAGACGAGGACAUGCAGAGCGUUGUCUCCAUGAUGUCCGUGAACAACAAUGAUGUGGCGCCGUUGGAUGACUUGGAGGACAUUCCCGAUUUUGACAACUGUAGUGAAAUCACUGACUUUACCCAGCAACUAAAGCAUUUGACAAUUAGCCUGAAUGGCUGCAUUGAUUUGGACACCCCUCAAAGUGUACCUUCGUUAUCUGAAGAUCCCACACCGUUGGCCGAGUCCAUUAAUCAAUUGCAUUUUGAACUAGAAGGCGACGGCAAAGGCGAUGCUGCGAGCAAGUUAGACUUGAGCACAGCAACCGGAGCAACCGGUGGUCUUAGUAGUGCCGACGAGUCCCUCAAAACUCCCAAUGGACUGCAGCCCCUGGUGGACAGUACGCCCAUUAAGUCACCCGGCGAGGUGAGGCAGCCGCCCAAGCAAACACCUGCGGAGCCAGCGAGGUCAAAGACCAUGGAGACCUUCGACAAAAUGGUGACAUCAACGCCGCUGGAACCCAAAGCAAGCAAAGAUGAUGCCAAGCCAAAGAAGAAAAGGGCCUUGUUCUUCACCGAGAAGGAGGAUGAGCAGGAUUUGAGGGUGACGAGUCUCAAGGAGGAGAGUGGCAAUGACAGCACCAAAAAGGAAACGACCAAAGAGGAGAACAAGUCCACUAAGGAGGCCUCAUCUGUGGUGGUGGUGGUGGUGCCACAGAGUGUCAAGCGACCCGAGUUGCAGCCCCUGAACCUAAAGAAGAGCUACGAACCCUCGCCGACUCCUGCGCCCGCACCCGCUCCCGCACCCGCAUCUGUGAUAAACGAAUCCACAGGAUCGCAGUCGGGUUUGAGUACCUCUGGCCCGCUGAACAACAGCCUAAAGCCCGUGGAGAAGAUCGUGCUGAAGACGAACACACCCGGGCAGGAUCUGCUGGAGUGGUGCAAAGAGGUUACCAAAGACUACCACAAUGUUAAGGUCACCAACCUGACGACCAGCUGGCGGAACGGCAUGGCCUUCUGCGCCAUCAUCCAUCACUUUGCGCCUGAGCUCAUUGACAUGUCCCAGCUGAGCGCCCAUGAUGUGGUGGGCAACUGUCGGAUUGCCUUCGAUGCGGCGGAAUCCUUGGGAAUACCCCGCGUAAUCGAGCCGCGGGAAAUGAACAUGCUGACAGUGCCGGACAAGUUGGGCGUGAUGACCUAUUUGCAUCAGUUGAGGGCGCAUUUCACUGGAAAGCAGCUGAAAAUCGAGCAAAUUGGAUCCACGGCAGAUGAGUCGAGCUACGUGAUUGGCGACUAUAUGUCGGACAAUUUGUCGCAGAGUCGCAUCGUCUUUUCGCACCCGAAGACUUUGCUGCUGCAUCAGAACUCCAUCGAUGAGGAGAUCAUGGGACAUAAUAAGUCAGAGCAACUCUCGCCCACUAGGAAAAAGGAUGUGAAGAAUCAGAUUCUGAACAACUCGAAGAACAUACUGGACAAGGUGAUGUCGCCCACCAAGGACAAGAACUCGAUCAACGCAUCGCAGCAUGCCAAUCAGUCGCCGCCUCCGCCGCAGGAGGACUCCCUGGACGAAGGUCCUCCCGUGGGUGGCAAGGAGAACAUCUCCAAAUCCGUCAUUGAUCCCCAGGCGGCCAAUCGAAUCUUAACGCGCCACAAGCUGAUGAGCGAAAAAGCCAAGCUGAUGAUGGAAAAGCUAAAGCUUUGCAAUUCCAGCGAGGCGAUCGACGAGGAGCGACAGGCUCGUCUGCGGGAACAGGCUCGUCGCCUCAUCCUGGAGACGCGUGUGCGGAGCGGCGGCUCCGUGGAGAGCCCCACCAGCCCCACGAGGCCCAAGCUGGAGCGGACCAUCUCGCCCAUCCACAACGGAGCCGAGGAGUUCUACCUGGAGCAGUCAAAGAAGCUGGAUGCGCAAGAACCGAGCAGUCCUAGUCAUAGGUUAAGUGGUCUAAAGGGCCUGGGAGUGAAUGGCAGUCCGCUGCAGUCCUUCAACGCAAUUGUGGAUCGCGUUUCACCGAAGCACGAGAAGAGGGGUGACAAGCUGUCCUACAUCGAGUCGGAGCUGGAGGCCCUGGAGCGGGAGCAGGAGGCCAUUGACCAGAAGGCCAGCAGUCUGGAGGCCAAGCUGCGCGCCGUGAUGGGCGGCAAUCCAAGUAAUAAUCGCCGGGGUAGCGCCCGAAACGGCAACCCCAUCCUUAGGCUAAUCCGAAAUAGUAUUGGUGGUGGUGAUGUGAUACGCAUCAAGCUGCUCGACUCGGAUGACGAGAGUCUGUUUGGUGGAGGAGGUGCCGGCAGUGGUGGCGGUGGUGGUAGCGAGGACGACGACCGGGACACGUCCAGCGACAGUGUCAGCAACUCCGGCUACGAGUUGCAUACGCGCCAGCGCCCCCGGCCGCGCUCCCAUUCGUGCUUUGUGCCCAAUGUGCCCAAGAGUGUGCAUCCAUCGACCAUGACCUCGCCCGCCCAUCUGCGUCCGCAUCAUGUGCAUCAUGUUGUGCCCUACACCCACAUGCUAGACAGCUCCCCGUCGGCGCUCUCCUCGCAGCAGUCCUCCUGCGACAAUCUGCCCGCGUGCAGCGAGGAUGACGAGAUCCUGGCGCUGGCGGCCAACGGCCGGGCGGCUUCCUUGCGGCGGCAGCAGGAUCGCCACAGGCGACGCCGUCAGCGGCGGGAGCGGCGGGAGCGGCGCUCCCAUUUGUGUCACAUCCCCAGUCAUUGUGAGACCGAGGAAACGGAGGAGCAACUGCUAUCGCAAUGGUUUACGCUGGUCAACAAAAAGAACGCACUUCUCCGGCGACAAAUGCAGCUGAACAUACUCGAACAAGAAAAAGAUUUGGAGCGAAAGCAUACAAUGCUGAACCAGGAGCUGCGGGCGGCGCAAUCUGUGGAGGAUUGGCGCAAGACGGAAGUGCAGCGGGAGAAGGAGCGGCUGCUGCUCGAGGAGCUGAUGACGAUUGUCGACAAGCGUGACCAGUUGGUGCAGCAUCUGCACAACCAGGAGAAAGCGAUCGAAGACGACCAGGAGAUCGCGAAGGUACUGCAGCACGUGGAUAUCAGCGACAAAGACAAAGACAAAUGUGUUCUUCAAUAGAAAUCGAAAUUAACCAAACCUGACUGGAGAUUAUACUUACACACUCAAUCGUAUCUAUGUAACUAGUUAGUUUGGAGACACGCGAUAAGGUCGCGUGGUUUUUGUGGUUCGGUGUCGCUUCUUAUGCAAUCGUUAUAUCCAACGACAACAAAUACUUGGACCACUUGGUAUGGUUAUUGGAAAAAAAGGUAUACUGUGAAACAAAUUGCUUAUCUAUUCGAGCAAAGAAAUUCAAAGAUAAAGAACAAAACGUCCGUUAGUAAAUUAAGAUAUAAAGAUCGAGAACAGACACUUCAAAAGGGACACUUUUACACUCAUUUGGUUCAAUAAUGCUAAUCAAUAUGAUAAUCAGAUAUUCGAGUUUUACUGUGUUAACUUCGUUUAAUGUUUUGUUGUUGUGCCAUCUGAACCACAGCUAAAGUGAAUCCUGAACGCAAAUUAAUGUGAGUUAGGGAAUAAAGGUGGCAAUUUUACGUUAGUUUGUACCUUAGCAUUUAUCCCACAUAAAAAACGCUUCAUCCAAAAAUACAUGUACACUUAUAUAUUUAUUAAAUACCUUUAUGCGAAGACCUAUUUAACCAUACUUAAUUGAGAAUACUACUUAUUCUUAGAAACAAAAAUGUACCCUUAUAUAUUUGUGAAUUACCUUUUUGCAAAGUCGUAUUUCAGCAUACUUAAGUUCAACAAAGCGCUUUAAUAGUAAUUUAAAGGUGGCUUAUGUAUAUACUUAUAUUUAUAUUUAUAAUUAUUUUAUUUUACGUUGCCCAGGCGAGGGACAAGAACUGUUCAACCCACGAACAUAGCUAAUAAAGAAUACAAAUUGCUGAUAAAACCCAAAAACAAA